GAAUUGUUAUAUUUUGCAAUAAAACAGUGUUUUUUAUCGGCUUUUCUCAAGUAAAUGCAGAUAACAAAGACGUCACUUGUUUACAUUCAACCUAGUUUACUAUCGGGAGUACGCUACCUUAUUCUGUACGUCGUGUCAGUCAGACAGCCAGCAGAGUCCAUUCCAAACGGGCGAGAGAAACGCAAGCAAGACGAAAACGCCACUCGAAGUGAAACUGUAAAUAUAAGUGCCUAAUCGCGGAAUACCCCAACCAAGCCGAAUGUGUGUCAUCUAAUUUUGGGAACAUUUGCUUUCGAUUACUUUCGCUCGAAGGGUUGAAGUUCACGGCAGGAGUGAGAUAUUUACAAUAAAAGGCGAAAGUAUUUCGCCACCUCGAACAAACAACAACAAAAUGGCAAGUUCUUCAAGAGAUCAUCACCUAAAUAAGGUUUGUUGCUAUGCACAUCCGGACGCUGUGCUGAUAGAGGAUUACCGCGCGGGAGAUAUGAUUUGCUCCGAUUGUGGCUUAGUUGUUGGUGAUAGAGUAAUUGACGUUGGUUCUGAAUGGAGAACAUUUAGUAACGAAAAAGCCGGUGUGGAUCCGUCUCGUGUUGGUGGUCCAGAGAAUCCGUUGCUCAGCGGGGGUGAUUUGUCCACAAUGAUAGGUCCGGGAACAGGUCCUGCUUCGUUUGAUGCGUUUGGAACCGCCAAAUAUCAAAACCGUCGUACAAUGAGCAGUUCAGAUCGAGCCCUGAUAGCCGCCUUCAAGGAAAUCAGCACAAUGGCCGACAGGAUCAACUUGCCGAAGACCAUUGUUGAUCGAGCGAACAAUCUCUUCAAGCAGGUUCACGAUGGUAAAAAUCUGAAGGGUCGUUCAAACGAUGCCAAGGCAUCCGCUUGUUUGUACAUUGCCUGUCGACAGGAAGGAGUCCCGCGCACUUUCAAGGAAAUUUGCGCCGUCAGCAAGAUCAGCAAGAAGGAGAUUGGACGGUGCUUCAAGCUCACCUUGAAGGCCUUGGCCACAUCGGUUGAUCUCAUUACGACCGCAGACUUUAUGUCACGUUUCUGUGCUAACCUUGAUUUACCAAAUACAGUGCAGCGAGCGGCAACACAUAUCGCUCGGAAGGCAGUGGAGAUGGACAUUGUACCUGGCCGGUCUCCGAUUUCGGUGGCCGCUGCGGCAAUCUAUAUGGCAUCACAGGCUUCGGAUCAGAAGCGGACACACAAAGAGAUUGGCGAUAUUGCGGGAGUGGCCGAUGUUACCAUUCGGCAAUCCUAUCGUCUGAUGUAUCCACACUCGGCGGAACUGUUUCCGGAGGAUUUCAAAUACACCACUCCGAUCGAUCAGUUGCCACAGAUGUAAAGCGCACCGCUGCCCAUUCUGGCUCAAUUACUCAUUUGGGCUCGCUAGCAGAAUGAAUAAUAUUAGAAACUCCAAACUAAUCGUCAAAUCUGACGAGAGGAUAGGACUAACAAUGCGCUGUGGUACUUCCCGCGAGUACAAUUUGUUUCCCUUUGGUGUUAACCUAGGCCUUUCGGACACUACAAAGCUGGCCAGAGUGUUCCGGAAAGGGCUGGUUUGCAAAGUAGUUCUUAUUUUCUAAGUUCUUAUGACCUUAUAUUAUCGGUAUUUCUUCCGAGUCGAGGAAGAUCGCAUCACACAUUCAGUCAUAAUUUGUUGAAUUGAAUCCGUGUUACCUUUUUCUAAAAUUGUAGGUCGAUAUCCGCCCGCUACCUACAGAAAUCGUUCAACGCAACCUUAUUUGAUCAGGACAUGUAUAAGUAAUCGUAAUCGAGAAUAGAUGUAUUAUUUUCAUUUCAAAACAUUAAAAUAGUAUUUAAUAAAAUAAAUAAUUGAACUUUUUUGAAGCAA